AAAAUCCGAUCUCACUGUAGAAAGACGCCAAACCAAAGAAAAGAACCAAUUCUUCUUCUUCUUCCUCCUUCCACGACCUUCAAAUUCCGUUCAUGGAACAAAUCUUCAUUCACACUGUCUCCUCUUCUUUCAUUUCUCCAUUGCCUUCCCGUCCGGAAUACAUGCCUUUCGCCAUUGCACACCUUACCUACUAGCUUCAUUUCUCUUUUCUUUGCCUUUGAUUUUCUCACCUCUCUCUUCGAAUCUCCCCUCAUGUCGUUCUUCUCCGGUAUCUUCCUUGGCGUUGUUGUCGGAGUCCUACUUGUUAUCGCUUUUGCUCGCGCCGGGAAUGCUCGCGCCAAACAUCGCUCUGAUUUGGUAUAUAUUCCUUUUUGCAUUUUAUUUCUUCCGCCUUGCUCUUGGUUUGAUGCAAUGCAAUGCUCUGUUCUUGUUCUUCCUUUUUUUUUUUUUCGUGAUUUAGGCUACGACUAUCGCGGCAUUUGCUAGGAUGACAGCGCAGGAUUCUAGGAAAAUUCUUCCCAAGGAAUUUUACCCAUCGUGGGUUGUAUUUACGCAGCGACAGAAGUUAACUUGGCUUAAUCUUCAGCUUGAUAAAAUCUGGCCAUAUGUUGAUGCGCAUCGGAGCUGAUAAGGAGCAAUGUGGAGCCGGUUCUAGAAGAAUUUCGACCGGUGAUAUUAUCUUCUUUGAAAUUCUCAAAGUUGACCUUGGGUACUGUGGCUCCAAGUUUUACAGGAAUUUCUGUACUUGAAGAUGAGCCAGAUACCGGUGGAAUAACUUUGGAGUUGGAGAUGCAAUGGGAUGGUAAUCCAAACAUUGUUCUUGACAUCAAAACUAAACUCGGCGUUUCUUUACCAGUACAGGUAAAAGAUAUUGCAUUCACAGGGCUUUUCAGAUUAAUUUUCAAGCCAUUGGUUGAUGAGUUUCCUUGCUUUGGAGCAGUGUGUUAUUCUCUAAGGAAAAAGAAAAAUCUUGAUUUUAAACUAAAAAUUAUUGGAGGAGACAUAUCAUCGAUUCCUGGGGUUUCUGAUGCUAUUGAGGAAACAAUCAGAGAUGCUAUUGAAGGUACUAUAACGUGGCCAGUCCGGAAGAUUGUGCCCAUCCUAGCAGGAGAUUACAGCGAUCUAGAGGUGAAACCUGUUGGAACAUUAGAAGUGAAGCUUGUGCAGGCAAAGGAAUUAACCAAUAAAGACAUUAUAGGAAAGUCGGAUCCUUAUGCUGUGCUGUUUGUACGGCCAUUGAAAGAGAGAAUGAAAACAAGUAAAACCAUUAAUAAUCAAUUGAAUCCCAUAUGGAACGAGCACUUUAAUUUUAUUGUUGAAGAUGCAUCUACUCAGCACUUGACUAUAAGAGUUUUCGACGAUGAAGGAGUCCAGGCCUCUGAACUAAUUGGCUGUGCUCAAGUAGCAUUAAAGGAUCUCGAGCCCGGUAAAGUGAAGGAUGUUUGGUUGAAGCUGGUCAAAGAUUUGGAGAUCCAAAGAGAUAACAAAUACAGGGGUCAGGUGCAUUUGGAGCUUCUUUACUAUCCAUAUGGCACUGAUCAGAGCCUCUACAUAAACCCAUUUAACCCAGAUUAUGCAUUGACCUCAGUGGAGAAGGCUCUAAAGAUGGCUCCGAGUGGUUCCGAAGAUGCAGAUUCUGGAAAACCAAGCUCCCCAAAGAAGAGGGAUACGAUUGUAAGAGGAGUGCUAUCUGUAACAGUAAUAGCUGCUGAAGAUUUGCCUGCUGUAGAUUUCAUGGGAAAAGCCGACCCUUACGUUGUUCUCAUUAUGAAGAAAUCCGAGACCAAAGUUAAAACCAGGGUUGUACAUGACACCGUGAAUCCUGUCUGGAAUCAAACGUUCGACUUUCUGGUGGAGGAUGCAUUACAUGAUAUGCUGAUUGUAGAGGUCUGGGAUCACGACACUUUUGGAAAGGAUAAACUGGGGAGGGUCAUAAUGACUUUGACCAGAGCAAUAUUGGAAGGGGAAAUUCAGGAUAAUUUUCCAUUGGAAGGCGCCAAAUCAGGACGGGUUUUUCUACAUCUCAAGUGGGCAGCUCAGCCGAUGUUCCGAGAUACUUGACGAACAAAAAGAAAAAGAAUCUCCUCAUUUCUUCAAGAUUAACAUUGUUUGAUCGAUGAACAGAAAGAAGCUGCAGCGCCUCGAUUCAUCAUCCUCUUACUUAGGUACUUGUUUUAGUUAAGUCAUUAAAAUACAAAGCCGGGUGGGAAUUCAUCUCUUCUAAUCAAAAGCCAAUUCUUUUAUUUGUUGGUUGUGUUUAAAUAUAUUAGCGUUCAGAUGUUUGAAUGUGUCACUAUUUUCAUUCUUUUAUUUUUUUUGUAGUUUAGUUUAACUUCAUUCUUUAUUUAACUUAAAGAGUUGGUGGUUUCUGUCGUUAAAAAAUUAUUAAUUUUAUAUGAAAGUAAUCGUCCUAAUCUCUAUUGUAUAACA